CCCAUUCUUAUUUUCGUUUUCGGUUCUUCACCCUCACUUUUAAGUAUCAGAGUGUAGAGAGUAGAGAGAGAAAUCGAUCGGAGAAUGUCGACUAUUACCGUUCCGUCACAAGUUCCUUCCGUAGCCGAAGACUGUGAGCAACUCCGAAAAGCCUUUGGAGGAUGGGGAACAAAUGAGGGAUUGAUAAUUUCUAUAUUGGCUCAUAGGAAUGCUGGUCAACGCAAAUUGAUUCGCCAAACUUAUGCUGAAACUUAUGGAGAAGAUCUCCUCAAAGCACUGGACAAGGAACUUACAAAUGACUUUGAGAGGAUUGUAAUGCUGUGGGCUCUUGAACCUGCUGAACGUGACGCAUUUUUGGCUAAUGAAGCUACAAAGAGAUGGACUUCAAGCAAUCAAAUUCUUGUAGAACUCGCUUGUACAAGGUCCCCGCAGGAACUACUUUUGGCAAGGCAAGCUUAUCAUGCUCGUUUUAAGAAAUCCCUUGAAGAGGAUGUUGCAUAUCACACAACUGGAGACUUUCGCAAGCUUUUGGUACCUCUAGUGAGCUCAUAUCGAUACUCUGGAGAUGAGGUGAACAUGAGACUUGCAAAAUCAGAAGCUAAGAUACUCCAUGAGAAAAUUUCAAAUAAGGCUUACACUGAUGAGGAUUUCAUCAGAAUUCUGACUACAAGGAGCAAAGCUCAGAUCAAUGCCACACUGAAUGACUACAAAAAUGAGUUUGGGACUGAUAUAAACAAGAAUUUGAAAGAUGAUCCCAAGGACGAGUUCCUUGCAUUACUCAGAGCAACAGUGAAAUGCUUGACCUACCCCGAGAGGUAUUUUGAGAAGGUUAUUCGUUUGUCAAUCAACAAGCGUGGAACAGAUGAAGGCGCUCUUACUAGAGUAGUCGCAACAAGGGCUGAGAUCGACAUGAAGACCAUAAAAGAUGCUUAUCAGAAGAGGAACAGUAUCCCUCUCGAUCGUGCCAUUGCCAAGGACACCACUGGAGACUAUGAAAAAAUUCUCCUUGCCCUGAUCGGACAUGAGGAUGCUUGAGUUGUGAGAUGAGUUAGCCUCUUAUAUCGAAUAUCGAUGUAGUGGUUUGAAGUUUUUCCAUCUUCCUGCGUUUCAUUUAGAACAGUGUGUGCUUUGUGUGGGCUAUCCUGGUUGUGCGUGGUAUUUUGCUUUUGGUCUUAUAUGCCCCUUUUUAAAAGACUCUAGACAUUACCUAAUAUUUACUAAUAAUAAAAUGGUCUGCUUUAUUUA